GUUCCGGCAACGCGGCGUUCCGCCGGGUGCUGAGACCUGGCCGCGGAGUCCUCGGCUCUCUGAGGGCCGCACGGCGCUGGUGCCACCGCGAAGAAGAGUCGAACUAAAGUCCAGCCCGGCCCUGGGCCCGGUAUCGCAGCCCCCGGGGUACGCGAGAUUCUGGUGAGCCAAGGUGGCACGAGGGCUCCCGGUGAGCCGCCGCCAAAGGCGGUCGGGGGCAAGCCAGCCUCGUCGCAGGCACGGAUGAGCUCCCUCGGGCGAUCGGGAGUCACGCGCUGGGCUGGAUCCAUGGCAAACAGAUGAGCCCUCUGCAGACGGGAGGAACACUCUGUGCUCCCAGGUCAGGGAAACAUGUCCCGUCGGAAACAGACCACUCCUAACAAAGUUCACUUGAACGUUGCUUUUUUAUCUGCAAUACAAAUGAUUGUAUCUCCAGUCUUGGUUUCGGAGGAAGCUGCCUGACAAAUACGCUACCAGGAGUCAGGAGGUUAUAGCAUCAGGUGUGCCAUGGAGUGGAAUUCUGGGACCUGUUCAUCUCCCUUACACGCAGUAUGUUGCUACAGAGCAACUAUUCAGCAGGAGCCAUGGAGAGCAGCAAGUAGGACCACAAGAAAAUCAGGGGACCGAGAGAUACCAGAAACUUGUCAAUGGUGAUGUCUUCACCUUGGGAUGGAAAAUCUUGUCUGUCUUAUGAUGAACACCACGAAAUCGUUGGGACUUCUCUGUCUACCUAGCCUGCUGUGUGUCUGGAGGGCCCAGAAAUGCCGUGCAGUGCCCUGACGAGGAUAAUCGGAGAAAACACCGGCUCCAAGAACGGGGUGAGCCAGCAGAAUGAGGAGUCAGGCUGACAUAGCAGACACGUUACUGGGACUUCUUCACAGGGACUGCAGUGGUUGGGAGGAGAGGAAUGAAAGGGACAGCAGUAACCACUACAGCAGUGUGGACAACCCAGAAUAGCCAUGGGGCAGGUGGAAUAGAUCCACAGUGGUGGAAAGACUUGCAAAUUUCAGGUCCAGGAACACAGAGAAGACCUACAUGAACAGGGACUUUUAAUUGAUGUACAAGGAGGGAAUGAACUGAUUCAUCUCUGAGAUAACUUUGUUUAGGAAGGAAGGCAGGAGAAUGAUGUAGUCCCUUUGAUUUUGUUUUGUGGAUUUUGGGGUGGGAGUUGUUUGUUUCUGUGUUUAUUUUCCAGAACACCUGAGAGUUAUCCUGCAUUCAUACAGUUCAAGAAGGGAAGUGCUCAGGGCUGAUACCCCAGCAGACCCUUGCAGUCAUGCCUGUCCAUGUUACACAGUGCCACAGGGCUGUCCCCUACCUCCACCACUGCUCGCUUGGCAUCCCACUCAUUCACAGCAGUAUGGAGAGGAGAAUGGAAUACAAAGCAGAGGCAUUUGUGUCAUCUCUCUUGUCUUAUAUCAAUAGCUGUUUGUAAACAACUACAGUGACUUGUUUUGGUGUUGUGGUCAGCCUGCAGCCCUUUUUGUAUUUAAUAAAGAAACUUCUGGAGAAGAGUCUGUGAAUUCACUAUUGAACAUACCAUCCUUUACUUAUGGCAUUGAUUCUAAAGCUAUUGCCUGUCUAACUCCUCUUCCAAAUGAAUGGAAGUGUACCGAAAGUGGGGUGGAGGUGGGGGUGUGUCUGUGAGCAUGUGUGUGCAGAAACAUCUAAAGUAUAACCUUAGACCUAUCUAACUUUCCAGCUGUAAAGCUUCAUCAAAGUAGGACUUAGUCUGCCACUAGAUGAACAGGGACACUCUUUCCUAAGUUCUUUUGUACACUAUAAUACAUAAGAAAUUUUGUACAAGUGGAAGACAGUAUUUUUCCAUGUUUGCCUUUCUCAGUCCCGUGAUGUUUGAAACACAGGCUGGGGAGGAUGCACAGGACAUUGCCUGCUAACAGCACGGGUUUGGUUAACUGCUUGCGUUGCUGGCAGUAAGCUGGUUGUUCUCUGCACUGUGCUGAGUCAAUGCUCACUGGUCUCUGGGGAUGUUGUACAGAGGCUAAAGGCACAUGCAAUUGCUCUCAGUUACUGUGACUGAUGCCAGUGUUCCUUAUGUGAAGAGUUUCUUCUUCUGUCACCUCAGCUAGAGAUCCCAGCUCUUAAAUCCUGCAGACUGAGCAGGAACCUGCCCUGCCUUUGGACUCCAGGCUGCUGCUCAGUGGAUGUGUAAUCUGUCUGAAAGGGAAAAGGGGGGAGAAAACAAGCAUGUAAUUGCUUCCAUGAGCAGCCUCAGUGGCAUUUGGGAAUUCCGUUUUGGAUCUCUGUCGAAGGUAGCAGCACACGUCCCAUCGUACUUUUACAUCUGUCCUAUGUUCUGUAGGUUUCCUCAUUUCACCAUGCUUUCUCUUUCUCUUGCAAUGCUUUUUUUGGUCUAUGGACUUUUAUCCUGGUGGUUUGUGGGUUUCUGCCUCUUGGAGAGGCACUGGAAUUCUGUGGUGUCUGCUGCUUGUACAGUCUGUAUCUCAGCCCCAUAAAUGUGGGGCUGUGGUCCAGGUAUGAAAACAGCACUUCAGAUCAUGAAAACUAUUCAGUGCUGGAAUGGCUUCUGAAGGGGUGUCAGAGCAGUCAUGAUGGUCUCUGCUGCUUUCAAUGACAAAUAGACUUGGUGCUCCUCAGCACUUCUCAGGCACAUGGAUUGUGUUCUCAAAUCUUCUCUACAGCACCCUUCUCACAUUCCUGAAGCAGAAUGAUAAAAGCCUUCAAAUGCUUUUGGAAACCUACGUGGGGACAUUGUGAACUAAAACUCCUCUCUCACAGUCUCAGUGAAACUUAUGAAGUCUUUGAAAUCAUCCAUAAAUUAUGGCUUUUUAAAGGCCUGCAUUGCAAGGUGAGCCCCAAGGAAGGCAGUGUGAGUGGCAACAUGGAGCAACACUGGCUGAAGCAGUUCAGCACGUGGGAAUGUACCUGUCCUUGUAACAGGACUGUUGCUCUCUCUCAGGAGUUCAGUUUCCUGGUUAUACUGGUGCCAGCUGUGGCCCUUUACUAAAAGGUAACAUUUUCUUCUGAAAGCUAGGUUUUGAUUCUAUGUGAAAAAUGCACUUUGUUUUCCUUGGCAUUUUCACAUUUGUGCUUUGAAUGGUUCUUGAGCAUUUACAAAUCAGUUUACUAAUACAACCCAAAAGCCAGCCUGCUCGGAAGUUCAGCACCUUUCCCAAGCCUCUCAGCUCAUCCACUGGAAAAGGUAAAUCACAACUACACCUGGAACAAUGUAAUUUGUUUGCUUUAAUAUGAAAAUUAAUGGUUGCCUAUUAUUCUCUGGAACCAAGACUUCUUUGAGCAGUGAUUGCUGUAAGAAGUUUUCAUUCAGAGCACAAAUAAUUUCUUUCAAGGUGUUUGACAUCUAUUUGGCUGAGGUAUUAGUAGUCGCUGCUUUCAACAAAACAAAUUGUUUUGUCCUAAACAUGCAUCUCAGCUCUUUGAGUUAAUUUCCUUUGGUAUCUGUUUCGAGAACAUGAAGUGCCAAUGAGAUUUAUUUUAGCAAGAGCCAUUCCUGGGCAAGGCAAGCUAGUUCUCUAUCCAUCACACACACAGGAGAACACCAGCUCUGAGCAUAGACACCUUCUGUAAAGGCUUGUCCUCAUCCCUCCUGGGAUAGAAGAAAGUGGCAGAGCAUGCCAAGGACCACCUCUAGUUUUCAUAUCGCUAUGGAGGGCAGGUGACGUACCAGGCACUUAGGGAGGUGCUACUUUUGUGCAAAAUGCCUCCUAUAGCUGCAAACAAGACUUAAUAAUUUAGAAAAGCUAUACAGUACUAUCCCUCAUCUGGGAUACUGUCAUAGUCCCCAGGGGCUUCCCCCCGACCCUGAACUGUGCUGUAGGAUAUUGGUGGAUAGCUUGGCAGCAGCAAAUCUCACCUGGCUAUUUAUGGGAGAUACAUGGGGUCGCAGGUAUUUUGUGCCUGGAAUAGCAUAUACAUAGUAUGUGGAGGGCAGCCCAGUGCUGCACAUUCCCACUAGUGAGACUCUUCUACAUCCAGGCACUGGACUCACAUCAGCAGGUGCCAGAGGCUGGUGUGGCAGGGUAGGCAAGCAGAGAACUGACCUAAGUGCUUUCCAAGAGGUGCCUCCAGAGGUUCUGCACAGUGCAGGUGAGCAGCCCCAUGCCUGUUGUAUUUUUGGCAAGCCUUGGUGGUGGAAGCAGUGGAACAGCACCAGUCUGACUCUUUGUCUUUGUGGCUGCUAGGGGAGCAAGUCUUUGCAGGGCUGGAAGAGCAAGCUCGUCAAGCCAUGAUGAAAAACAACUUUCCUGGAACUCUUGGGGACCAAAGACCAACAAUUCGUCCACUGCAAGAGCCUGACUCCAGCAGCAGUGGCAGUGAUGAUGAGGAAACCACUCAAGAUGAAGUUUCUUCCCAUACGUCUGAGGAAGAUGGCUCAAUGGUGAAAGUGAAGAAGGAAUUAGAAAAUGCAGAACGACCUGUGGCUGGAACCCCAUUGAUGAGAGAAAAUGAGGUGCCUGAGAGUUUGAACGCUGAGCCCAUGCUGGGACUGUCACAAUGCCCCCUCUGCCAGCUGGAGUGUGGAAGCAGAGAUCAACUCAUUGCACACGUGUACCAGCACACUGGAGCAGUGGUGAGUGCCAAGAGCUACCUGUGUCCUGUGUGUGGCAGAGCCCUCAGCUCCCCAGGAUCCCUUGGGAGACAUCUCCUGAUCCACUCAGAGGACCAGCUGUCCAACUGUGCAGUUUGUGGAGCACGCUUCACCAGCCACGCCACCUUCAACAGUGAGAAGCUGCCAGAGGUGCUCAGUGCGGAUCGGCUGCCGGCACCACAGAGCCAGGGCCCCUCCAGUGCUGAGGGUAAGGAUGUUGCCUUUUGCACCCCUGUGUAUCCUGCUGGCAUCCUCCUGGUGUGCAACAACUGUGCAGCCUACCGUAAGCUGCUUGAGGCACAGAGCCCCGGCAUGCGCAAGUGGGCCCUGCGGCGCCAGAAUGAGCCCCUGGAAGUGCGGUUGCAGCGCCUGGAGCGCGAGCGCACGGCCAAGAAGAGCCGGCGGGACAAUGAGACACCGGAGGAGCGGGAAGUGAGGCGCAUGCGGGAUCGGGAAGCCAAGCGGCUGCAGCGCAUGCAGGAGACAGAUGAGCAGCGGGCACGGCGGCUGCAGAGGGACCGGGAAGCCAUGCGCCUGAAACGCGCCAACGAGACCCCCGAGAAGCGACAAGCCCGGCUCAUCCGGGAGCGUGAGGCCAAGAGGCUCAAGCGGCGCCUGGAGAAAAUGGAUAUGAUGCUCCGGGCACAGUUUGGCCAGGACCCCUCUGCCAUGGCUGCUUUGGCAGCUGAGAUGAACUUUUUUCAACUGCCAGUGAGCAAUGUGGAGCUGGAGAGCCAGCUGCUGGGCAAGAUGACCUUUGAUGAGCAGAGCAACAGCACGUUGCACUAAACCACAGUCAGGAACUGUGCUGCCUUUGCUGCACCUGCCACAUGUGCACUAGCAGGCUUCUGCACUCAGGAGGCUGCUGUGGGUCCCUGCCUGACCCUCCCUGACAGGUGGUUCUGGUUUUCCUCUGAACCCAGAAGGAGAACAGAGCUGCGAUGCCUGCCAAAGCAGCUCUGGUAGGAGCAGUUUCUGAGGAUACAGUCUGCUCUGGGGGCCAAGUCACAGCCUGUGACAGAAUGAAAAUAAAUUAAUGUAUUGAUUAACAUUAAUUAAUGUUCACAUGUAUUAGUCUCCUUCCUUUCCUUUUGUGCUUUGUCCUGGUUUUGGGCCCUUGCCCCGUAAAUGGGUCCAGACUGCUGCAGUUCUGUAGGUGAAACCCACCUCAAUAAAAAGGGAUCUUGUUUACCGGAGCAUGAAUUACAGAGUUGAAGACAGUCCACAAGUCCUCCAGGAGUAAAUCCUUUGCAGUUUGUGCCCAUAAAAAGGAAACAAAGGAGGAUGUCCUUCUGGAAAUGCCUGUGCAUACCGCUUUUUUAAACAUCAUUAUUACAUACUUAGUUGCAGUAGCAUCCAUGGAAAAACUAAGGAACCUGAGGUCCUGUUUUAAGAUACCCCAUAAAAACAGUGAAAGAAAGGCUGGCCAAGGUAAACAAAUAGCAAACAAGUUUGCUGCUUUACUUUACUCAAAAGUUAAUUUUCACUUAAACAGCAUUUCAGGUUUGCAAGUGAAAGAGUUGAUUGAAUGGGAAAUAGAGUAGCUAAUACUCUGUUGCUAACAGAAAUCAUUAUUAAAACUGUGCAAGUAUGGAAAUUAUAUUUAGGCAUCUUUAAACAGCAGAAGGCAAAGCAGUGUCACAGAAGGACUCAUGGCAGGGAAAAGAAAUGCACUCUCCAUUAUUUGGCUUCUUUAAGAAUGAGCACCUGAAAAUGCAUGGUGUAGCUUUGUAGUUUUUAGAUAUCCAAAAGCCAGUGUGCCACACUUCUGUGUUUUGUAGCCUGAAAAUCCCUAUUACCUCCAUAGCAUUUCCAGUUAAGGUCUGGAGUCGUACAGUGGUUCAAACAAGUACUGUCUUCUCUCUGAUGGCUGUUUCUUUAAGUCAGAAAUGGUGACCACAAGAAUGCUACUUGAGAUCAGAAGAGUAAAGUUAAAACAAGAGGCAAAACCUUUUGGUCAAACUACUUAAGACCCUCAUUUCCUUCUCAUUUUUUGGUUUGAAAAACGUUUGAUUGCAGUCCCUUAAAGCCCUAGUUAAAAUAGUUACCUUCAAAAUGCAUAAUGUUGCAUUUUUCUGACAAUAAUGAACCACUGUCACAGCCAGCCCUGGGGAUGCUGCUGGGAAACAGCACUGAACCUUUUCAGUGCAAGUUUUCUCCACCUGCCACUGCAACAUCUAGUUUCCUCUCUGUACAGCAGCUGUUUUAACAUGACGUUCAUUCAUCAUGUAGAACUAACACCCAGGAGCCCCUCCUGCUUCUCUGUCUUUGGGAAAAGGCACUGUAAAGGAGCCGUUCAGUUCCAUGUUCUUUUGUUCAUAUCCUCCUUUGUUCUCUGAUCUCUCACUUUUAUCCUUACUUCUUUUAGUUUUCGUACUCAAACCCUCAGUUUGCUUCUGGCAGUAUCUGCUUUUGCUCUGCCUCAUGUUUUGCUUACCCAGCAGAGAUGUACCUUUACUCUGCAACCUGCUGCUGGAACUUUCCCUGCAGCAUCCCUGACACCUUAUCUUUAUUCCAAGGGAUUCAGAAGAGACCACAUAAGUAUCUGAAAACACUGAAUUAUAUCUUAUAAUCCAUCUGUCACCCUGUAUCUUGCCCCUGACAUGAGUCUCCAGAUCACUGUGUAAAUCCAGAGAAGCCACAUGCUAAUGACUACUGAUACUGCAGACAAGCAAAAAGUCUCAAACACCAAAGGAAAAGCUAUUGGUUUAUAUAUAGAUAUAUAUAUAUAUGUAUAUAGAUAUAUACUGUGUUUACAGAGUCAACAAGUUAAAUGCAAUAUUCAUAAAAGCAUUAACAAUAAAAAUACAAUCUGUUUGUAGGCAAGUACAGACUUAAAAUGGUAAAACAGGAAAAAGGAUCUCACCGAAGUACAAAUAUACAGUACAAAUUGAUUUAUUUAAAACAGUUACAAAAAAAGCACAACAAAAUAGAGAUUAUCCUUAGAAUUAUUAAUGCUUUGUUAAAGAUCAGGUAGGAGGAAAGGGGCAGGGACAAAGUUGGAGGGGAGCACCUGACUAGUUCUAAGGCUUUAGAUACACUGCUUCGGUUACAUGUUAAUACAGCCAUAUACUGGGGGUUAUAGUGAGGGGUCAGCACUUAUCUACAAACAUCUCUCUGCCUCAGGGCAGCCUAGCCAGCUCCCCCAUGUCUCUCUCUCUCUGAGCAGACCCUCCCUGGCACUAAGGUGCCAUGAAAGCCAAAAACAACUUGAGUGUGCCAGGCGCAUGGCAGGGUGGGCAGCAGCAGCCUAAAGAAGGACUUUAGGGGCAAUUCUGUCCUUGACAGACAGGUGUGAAGGCUGUGGAAGGACCAGGACCACCAGCAUUUUAAACUAUAUGUGGAAUACCCUGGGCCAAACUGUACAGAAUGUGUAUUUGUAGCUGUCUUAGCAGCUUCUGACAAGUGUCAGGCUUUAGCACAGCUUGAAAGACAAGGAGCAGUUGUGAGUGAUGCUGGGGAAAGGCACAUGUGCUGCUGUGGGCAGGAACUAUCAUUUGGGCUACUCCAGCUGCUGUAGUUUCUUUUACAAUAUUUUCUGAGUAACAAGAAUUGUUAGUUCUCUACAGGACAAAGUGACUUGAAAUGUGGGGUAGGGACACUUAAUGUGAAAAGUGCAAUAUAAAAAGCUGCUCAGCAGCUGGAAGGGGAAGGCAGAGGGGCCUCUGCAGCUUCCUUCUCUUCCAGACAGAGCUUCCUCUGCAUAGUCUGGUAGUGAUGAGCGCUCAUUGCUUUGAAUGCACAGCCCCGAGACAGGCUUGGCUCUGCUGUGCAGCUAACCCAAGGCAUGUUCCAUGUGAUGGGACAGACAGCUACAGACACCCAUUAUUGCAUCCCACGGACUCCUGCUACAGAGCAUGAGCUGGGUAAGAUUAGGACCUCCUCCUCCAGCCAGGACAGACCACAGCUCUCCCACCCUUCACAAUAGCAGCAGGAACAUGGUAUAUUUCUCUGAGAAGUCUGUCACAUCUCUGGCAGCAGAAAAGCCCAGGUAACCAUCCCACUCUGCAAUGUAUUCCUGGCUUUAUCUCCUCCUUUCCCUGUAAACCCCAGAAAUAAAAGCCUCCUCCAUGGAUUCAUUCACAGCCUUUCUCCCUGCAGCAGAGCCUGUCUCAGACACUCCCUGUCCCAGGAGAGCCUCAGUGCUCAGCACAAUCACCACUAUGGUGCUAAGCCAUACGGCCCUGCCCAGUAAGGACAGGUUCCUGUGAUACUGGUACUGCUGAGCUGGGCUGGAGAAUUGCCAGUAGCCCCCUCCUGCCCACCCUUUGGGGCAAACAGCCAGACACAGAUUCUUCAUCUCCCAUCAUGAGCUGUGCUUCAAACUACUGCUUCCAGGGAAGAGCCGGCAGCUGAAAUAUAUACAACAGCGGGACUGACAGGAGUCUGGGUAAAAGCACCAAGGUCCAAUUCACCCUGGCCUGUUCCACAGAGCUCAGGACUGCACCCAACAGAUGUGCAGCAAGCCAAAGUCCAGGUCAGCAUCCAGGUAAACAACAGGGCAAGCACCUUCACAGCCUUUCACCUGUCUACAGUGCAAAGCUAUUUAAGCCACACAGCAUCUUGCCUCAUUUGUCAGUACUGCCCAUUCAGACCACUGCACAGUGCAGCUGAGAUCAAGGAGUGACAGUAACACAUAUGGUGUAAAGGAAGCUCUCCAAACCCUCACUCUAAGACUAUGGUGUUCAGGGACACUCAAGGGGCUCUGCACCCUCAGUUGCUCAGACAUUGCCUCUGGGGUGUAACCAGCCCCUCUACACACACCAUAUGUAUGCGAGAUCCCUUUCUCAAGUGCCUGUCACAGCCCUGAAUUCCUCUGUAUGCACUGUGCAUAGAACAGGCAUGAGAACCCGGGCUCCUCUGCGUCCUGCCUUUGGCCACAGACACCUCGGAUAUCCCGAGCACUAAGUACUAAUUAUCAACAUAAAUGGAGAGCUUUACGUAGAAGAGCCCAGUCCGCAGCAGCUGUGACACCCCUGGUGAUGAAGGGGCCCAGGUGACAAAUGGGGCUGUGGAAACAGCAUCUGUUCCCACAGCUGCUGCACCUGAGGAGGCAGAAUCUUCACACAACAGCAUUACUGUGACUUCACACAUCCCAAAUGCAGCUGAUGAAACCAGAAGUAGCGUGUCAUUUGGGAGCAGCUACAUGUGAUACAGGCAGCAUCCUCAUUCUUGAGAACCCCGUGAGGCACAAAAACUUAGGGCACAAUUAGCACGUCUCACCUAAGGCCUGUCCUGGUGUGGGCAUUUUAAAGGCAACAGAAAUGGCUAGCAAUGUGCCAGGAAAACAGGACUUAGGCCAGGAUGGAAGGGACAUUCUGGAGACUAACUUGCCUAAUACAGAGGCAGAGCAUGUGUCCAUUGCACAGUCAGCAGAAGCCAACCAGUUACAGGACACACUCGGGGAGUGCAGAACAGCCCUGAGACAACACCACUGCAAGGAGAGGUGCUGACACACACCAUUCUGUGACAGAGAGGAAUGGUGCCCCAAGAGUCAGGCACACAUGACGAAUUUCAGGCAGAUGAGAGCAGGGAGACAGGAACAGCAUGCUGAACAUCAGGACUCUGCACACUAAGAAAGGCCCCCUCCAAAGCCUGGUCCUAGCACAGAGAUGGGCACCUGAACACAAGGAAUACUCAACCCAGGUUAAGCCAGUGAAAACUCUUUUCUCACCAGAACAGUGACUACUCUUUAUCCUAGCUGAGCAAUGGUGUCAUAACGCACCAUCAGAGGGCAGAUUAGUGUAAAUACCGCAGCCUUCACUCAAUAGAGUGUUAUCACCACAAACAGGUAUUCAUACACAAUUGUAUUAAAUCUCACCAUGAAAAAGACUACUUUUGAUUUUACCACAUUGUUCUACAGAGGAACUCCAAAGUGAAGCAUCAGAAAAACUAACACAAAAACGAUCCCAAAAUGCCCUGUGACACUAUGAUAUUUUUAGAGUCCGUACAUUAAUCAUAGAAUUGUACUUAGCACAAACUUUGUACCUUGCCUGCACAUGCACAAACAUUUGUCUCUUGUCUAGAGCUUAUUCAGGAAACUGCCUGCAGGGAAGGAUUAGCCAUCUGGAACAUUUUUCUGACUUAAUUACAAAAUAGCAUCAAUCUUCUCACAGAAGAAGGAUGUUUUCACACUUCCCUAGAGAAUGCUGAAUGUAUUUUGCUCCAGAUUAAAAAAAAACAAAACGAAACCAAUAAAAUAUCCAAAACCAAAAUUCGAUUAAACAAAAAAAAUCCAA